GUGAUACGGCGCCUGCUGCUGUUAUUAUUUUUUUGCCGAACCCGCAGCUCCCCCGAAAUCCAGCCUAAUGCGGACUAGGCGCACAAUCCACCCGUUUUUUUUUGGUGAUCUGUGAUUCUGAUUUCAGGACGCGACCCGACAAUACUUAAACAGCUCCUCCCCCACUACCAUUCAACCUCUUCCUCCCAUUUACAUCUUCUCGUAUCAACUCCAUCAUUCACAACAAAGCAUUCAUCUUGACGCAUUCUCACGUUCUUCGUAACAUCUCAAUCCACACCAAAAAACCACCCAGUUUUUUAACCACUCAAACCAACCAUCAAGAUGACUGGAGGCGGCAAGUCCGGCGGCAAGGCCAGCGGUUCCAAGAACGCGCAAUCCCGAUCUUCCAAGGCCGGUUUGGCUUUCCCUGUCGGUCGUGUUCACCGACUUCUCCGCAAGGGCAACUAUGCUCAGCGUGUUGGUGCUGGUGCCCCCGUCUACCUCGCCGCUGUCCUAGAGUACCUCGCCGCCGAGAUUCUCGAGUUGGCUGGUAACGCUGCCCGUGACAACAAGAAGACUCGUAUCAUCCCCCGCCAUCUACAACUCGCCAUCCGAAACGACGAGGAGUUGAACAAGCUGCUCGGCCACGUCACCAUCGCCCAGGGUGGUGUCUUACCCAACAUUCACCAGAACCUGCUCCCCAAGAAGACCGGCAAGCCUGGCAAGAACGCCAGCCAAGAGUUGUAAAUGGGGUAAUUUUCUGUUUUCUGGUUGGUCGUUUGGGACGUUUCAUGAACCACGGGGUCACGGCUGGGCACGGUUUGCUUUACGCGUUAGGGUUGUACAUUUACUGGCAUUAAUCCAUUGCGUAAUGGACACGAAUGAGAAUACUUUCUGAACAAUAUUUUAUUA